UCCAGACCUCCAGCUGUCCCUCUUUGAACAUUUGCUUCAUCGUAUGCAGCAGAGCAAACUUUACACUCCAGUUCGUUUCAGUUCACAACCUACCCUGUGGUGUAGAGACUGAGAUUACUUGGAGAAAAUGGCUGAAUUUGCAGCUGUUUCGCCUUUGAAUACUACUCAUUUAUGCUUCUGCAAAUCUCCUGGGCCUUCUUCACAUAGAGCCUCCUUCCCAUGUCGCUCCUUUCCACUUCCUCUUUCUUGGAAGAACAUCUCCGUUGUUCGCGCCAAGAAGAAGAAGUCACAAGUUGAACCACCAAUCCUAGAACCCUCAAUCAUUGAGGAAGUAACAAUGGAGGAGGAGGAAGAUGAAAUUCUUGAUCAAUUUGAAGAUGAGGUCUUUCAAGAUGGUGAUGAUUAUUUUGAGGAGUAUGAGGUGGAAGAUUCUGAACCUUAUGUUGGAGAUGGAGGUGAAGGAGGUGGAAUAUCUCUUGCUGGAACAUGGUGGGACAAGGAAGCAUUAGCUAUAGCUGAGGAGGUUUCUCAAUCGUUUGAUGGUGACUUGAAAAUUUAUGCAUUUAAGACAUCUGCGAAUUCCAUCAUUCAAGUGCGAAUUGAGAAGCUUUCCAAUAAGUAUGGUUCUCCCAGUAUGACAGAUAUUGAAGAGUUCUCAUCUGUUUACCGAGCAAGGUUGGACAAAGCUGAGAUUGCUGGAUCUGUACCCGAGAAUUUAUCUCUAGAGGUGUCUUCUCCUGGUGUUGAAAGGAUCAUGCGCAUUCCACAAGAUCUGGCCAGGUUCAAGGAUAGGCCAAUGUAUGUAAAAUAUGUUGGUGAGGCAGAUCCAAAGGGGUCAUUCACUGAGAGAGAUGGCAUUUUCAGACUUGUUUCUUUUGAUUUGGAGAUAAGUUGUUGCACAUGGGGCCUAGCAGAUGUGAGGAUAAAUAGAGAAAAAGCAGGGAAAGGAAGGCCACUAAGCAAAAAGCAGAGAGAGUGGCGAUUAGAGACACCCUUUGAUUCCUUACGUUUAGUUCGACUGUAUUCUGAUUUUUGAGUUGGCGCUUUUACUUUGUCAGAUAUAUAUUUCUGUAUUCGUGUAAGAAUAGAGAUAAAUAUGUAGAGGGUAAUAGAUCAAAACUGGUCUUCCCAGUAUUCCCUUCUUCUGAGUGACGAGUUAAAAUGUAGCUAAUAUUCAAAAGAUCCCCUUGAAAGAAAUUGGUUCUUCACUGUACAGAAAAAUAGAUUUCUGCUUAGUUAAUAUUUGAAUUAAAAAAAUAUAUUUUCUUGUUUUAU